AUGUACUUGUCAAAUACUGACGAAAUAAAUAAUGUUGACGUCGACGAUACUUCACAAGCACGACAAGGAAUUACACUAUCUGUUACUUUUCAACCAUCACGAUCAUCUUCACCAUCCUGCUCUACAUUACUCGUCAUAGAUGAUAAUUCAAACUCGAACGAAAUAACAGUAAACAAAAGUGACAUUCCAUCAAAUUCGAUGCUUUCUUCUACUCAAAUAAAUCAUGUCCAAACAACACCAUCCUCUCCAUCUUCGACCUUAGAAUCUUCUUCAAAAGAUACGCAUGAACAACAACGUCGUCGAACUUCAUCAAUUGCAAAAUUACUUGGUGGUCAACCAUUGAAUAAUCAACAAUAUGAAGAAAUUAAUCAACAAAUAAUUGAUGGCCAAUCAAGUCAAAAUACAACUACUAAUAGUGACAAUAAUGCUGAUACUGAAAUUCAACGUUCACGCAGUUCUAUUACAAGAUCUUUACUAAUGAAUAACGAACGAAAUGAUAAUGCAUCCACGACAGCUCCAAAAUUACGACCACCAUCACCAGGUUUUUCAAAAGAUUUCGAAUAUUUAAUACGUCGAGAACUUGAUAUUGAACAUUCACCAUCGACACUUAAUAGAAAUGAUAGAACACCGAGUAUUUUUCAGAACCGCACUAGUGCUCGCAACACGCCUACUAAUUCUCCUUCAUCAUCACAGUCGAAGCUAAAACGAAAAAGACUUAAUCCAAAACAAACAGCAUCGACGCCACCACCACCACCAACAACAAAUAAAUCUUCGACUACUGAGCCGUUUACUAUACGUUAUCCAUUUGAACUUGAUUGUUCACAAACAUCUUUAAAUCCGGCAUCUAUUCAUCGCUCUGUUCAUCAUCAAAAUGAUUUGUAUCGCUUUGAUGCAUCAUCACAUUGUCAUCUUCAAUCGCAUCAAAAUCAACAACAGUAUUCAUUACCAAUGAACAGUUCAAUGUCAAAUCCGGCUUCACUCACUUAUCAUAAAUUUAAUAUACAUUCAUCCGCCUAUGCACACUAUCAAAUUCAUAAUGACCGUCUAUCUACGACAACUUGUUCCUCGUCAUCUUUAUCACCAUCUUCAUCAUACAAUUGUUGUCGUUACCCUGUGUCAGCUGAAUUACCAUUACCAACUCUUGCUUCACCUUUGUCGCCCAAUGUGUCAUCGCCGACUUUUAUUUCAUAUCAUACGAUGCCGACGUCAUUGCAGAAAAAUAAAGUAAAUAUUACAUGGAAGAGAAAUAUUCUCUUGAUUAAAUAA